GUGAGUUGCUACGGAACAUUUUAUUUCUAUCUCUGUUUUGUAAUCAUACCAAAUCCUGCAAGAUGUCUAACAAGAUCGUUCCUCUCACCAUUAUCAAGGGUGCCGGCCAUGAGCACAUCCCCAUCCCCGAUGGCGAAUGUGCCAUUAUCGCCGACUUCCAUUCCAUUCAGAGCCAGCGCAACGACUCCGCUCAUUAUUUGACUACAGGCUUCUAUAAGGUUGUCCCUGGCCCUACACGAUAUGGAUCCUACGACUACGAGGAGACCAAAUACGUUCUCAGCGGCCAAAUCGACGUAACUGAUGAGGCUACCGGUAUCACUCACCAUCUCGUUGCUGGAGACUGGGCCUUCUUCCACGUUGGUUCCAAAGCUCAGUUCUCCACCAAGUCCCAUGGCGUUGCAUUCUACGCUGUGACUCGGCCUGCAAACGACACUCCUCACAUUAACCUCAAGGGUCGCGAGGAGAGCACAUCCAAGUUGUAAAAGUUCAAAGAUAUCUUAGUCAGUU